AAAAACAAUUUACUCAGAUAUCGGAUAGCGAAAGCCAUUGAACAUGACAACAGAAACCUUGGUGAAGGAUGUUAAACCAGGCUUGAAAAACCUAAACCUUAUAUUCAUUGUACUGGAGACAGGUCGGGUAACCAAGACGAAGGAUGGUCACGAAGUGCGGACAUGUAAAGUAGCAGACAAAACUGGCAGCAUAAACAUCUCUGUGUGGGACGAUGUUGGCAACCUAAUUCAGCCAGGAGACAUCAUCCGACUCACCAAAGGGUAUGCAUCUGUUUUCAAAGGCUGCCUGACUUUAUACACUGGACGCGGAGGAGAUCUACAGAAAGUUGGAGAGUUUUGUAUGGUUUAUUCUGAAGUGCCAAAUUUCAGUGAGCCAAACCCAGAGUAUGUGGCCCAACAGUCACAAAACAAAAAUAUGCAGAAUGACAAUCCAGCGCCUGCAGCCUCACAAACUACACCAGGCCCCCCCUCCUCAGCAACAGCAGCAGCCUCUGAUAACCAGAAUGGCAAUGGAUUGAUUACCCCUGGCAGCUCCACACACCCACCAAGUGUCCCCACCCAUCCAACCAGCGGUCGCAUCACCCGGAGUCAGCCCAACCACCAGAGCGGAGGGUCACUGGGAACAGGUUCCUCCUCUAACCCAGUCAGCAAUGGCAAAGAGACACGGCGAAGCAGCAAAAGAUAAUGGGUGCAGGACUAGAGGGCACCUCUUCCUUUGCCAUCUGUUUGUUACAUUUUUACCUCCUGCUGACCUAGC